AUGGACGAGACUAUGAGCGACGCUCUCGAUUCCCGCGAGAUGGACGACCAAGAACAGACCGAGCAGAAGAUCAUCAACGAGGAGUACAAGAUGUGGAAGAAGAACAGUGUCUUCCUCUACGAUAUGCUGUACGGCCGCGCGCUCGAGUGGCCGACGCUCACAACACAAUGGCUGCCGGACAAGAAACCCGUCGAAGGCACCAACAUGAGCCAGCACCGCGUCAUUCUCGGCACCCAUACGUCAAACCAAGCCCAGAACUACCUCCAAAUCGCCCACUGCGAGAUACCAGACGCCCGCGUUCCAGACCUUACCGAGCUCAACGAGGAGCGGGGAGAGAUUGGCGGCCACGGCAAUGCGAAGCGACCCUUUGACUUCAAGAUUGUGCAGAAGAUCAACCACCCCGGCGAGGUCAACAAGGCCCGCUACCAGCCUCAGAAUCCCGAUAUCAUAGCGUCGCUCUGUGUCGAUGGCAAGGUGCUUAUUUUCGACCGGACUAAGCAUCCGUUGCAACCAAAGGAUGACACCGUCAAGUUCGAGGCGGAGCUUGUGGGUCACAGCAAAGAGGGCUUUGGCUUGAGCUGGAGUCCUUUGAAAGAAGGACAUCUGGUGACUGGUAACGAAGAUACUACAGUCAAGACAUGGGACAUCAAGAGUGGCUUCUCUAAGAACAGCAAGACCAUCAGCCCGACGGCAACAUACAACAUCCACAGCGCAACCGUCAACGAUGUCCAAUACCACCCAAUCCACCACCAGCUCAUCGGUACUGCGUCAGACGACCUUACCUGGCAAGUCAUCGAUACUCGUCAGGAGGCAUACAAGAAGGCGCUGUACAGGAAGGAAGCCCACGAAGACGCGGUCAACUGCAUCUCGUUCCACCCCGAGUUCGAUUCGAUGCUUGCGACGGGUUCUGCCGACAAAUCGGUGGGAAUCUGGGAUCUUCGCAACAUCGACAAGAAGAUACACAGCCUGCAGAGCCAUCGCUCAGAUGUCAUCGGUCUGCAGUGGCACCCGCAAGACGCUGCUAUCCUUGCCAGCUCUAGCUACGAUCGCCGUGUCCUCCUAUGGGACUUCAGUAAGAUAGGCUCUGAACAGACGGAGGAUGAGCAAGAAGAUGGGCCCCCUGAGCUAUUGUUCAUGCACGGUGGAUUCACCAACCGAAUCUGCGACUUUGACUGGAACAAGAACGACCCUUGGCUCAUGAUGGGUGCUGCCGAGGACAACCAGCUGCAGAUCUUCCGCCCUGCGCGCAAACUUGUCGAGCCGCUUAACAAGACUGUGAACCAUGGAGAGGUCUCAGACUGA